AUGGAGUUCAUGACCGCCCUCCGGGGCUCCUUUGACGACCAGAAACCCUCCCUCUUCGAGCUCAUCUCCGAACAGCAGCUCAACUCCCUGCUCCCGCCGACCAUCCGCUACCUCCUCACCGUCGCGACCCAACGAUACCCGCGCUACCUCCUGCGCGCCCUCAACUCCUAUGAUGAGCUCUACGCUAUGCUGAUGCUCCUCGUCGAGCGCCACUACCUAAAGACCCGCGGCGGCAGCUUCACCGAGAACUUUUACGGCCUGAAGCGCGAAAAGGCCCUGCACGCCGAGAUCCCGCGCGCCAGCGCCUCCGCGCCCGGCAUCGUCCGGGAUACGCUGAAGCUCAGGACAAAGGACGUGUGGAUGAACCUCGCCGUCGCGGUCGGCGUCCCCUACCUGCAGAGGAAGCUCGACGAGGGCUACGAGGUGAACGCGCCGCGGGCGCUGCUCGGCGCCGCCUACACCCAGAUGCCGCCGAAUCCGACGCUGAAGCAGCGCUUCCUGCACUACUACCGCUGGUUCCUGCGCAACAUUUACCCGAGCGUCAACGCGGCCUACUACUUUGCGCUGCUCUCCUUUAACCUGGCCUACCUGUUCGACAACAGCAAGUACCACAACCCGUUUCUAUGGCUCAUCGGGACCCGCAUGAGGAGGAUGACGGGCGCCGAUUACCAGGCCAUUGACGCGCUUACGAGCGGCGGCAAGGCGACGGGCAAGGCCGGCGCUCCCCCCGGGUGGCGGUCCCUUUUCUCCCCGCGCCAGAUGGGCCCGCGUCUGCUCUCCAGCCUGUCCUUGCUGCUGCCCAUGAGCAUCUUUGCGCUCAAGUUUCUCGAGUGGUGGCACGCAUCGGACUUUGCCAAGCAGCUGUCGCGCAAGGCGUCCGAGACGCUGGAUCUCCCGCCCCCCGUGGUCUCGGGCUUGGGAGGCGGCAAGGGAGGAAGAGGAGGUGCAGGUGCCAAGAGCGGUGCUGACAAGGACAAGGCCAAGGGGAAGGAGAAGGCGGUUAGCGGUGACGAUGUGUCGGCGGACGCGGCUGUUCCGGCUGCUGAGACGGCGCCUAUCGCGACACCUUCGCUUCUGCCCAUCUACACGGUGUCUGCGCCCGAGGACUCGGCCUUGUGCCCAAUCUGCGAGGACCCCAUCGUCACGCCGACGGCAUGUCAGACGGGCAUUGUGUACUGCUACACGUGCAUUCACCGCUGGGUGGAGGGUUUGCAUCCCAUGCAGGAAGAUUUCAUGGGAGACAAGGAGGGCAAGUGGGAGAGCGGACAGGGGCGGUGUGCGGUCACUGGCCGACGCGUUCUGGGAGGCACGGAGGGGUUGAGGAGGAUCAUGGUGUAA